CAGGUGAUUGAUUGAAUAUUUGACAGUUGUUCCGGUAUAAAAAUUAAACAAUUAUUGAACAAAAUUGCGAAGUUAAUUAAAGGCAAGUGAUUUUGUAACGUUUUACGAAACUAAGACAUAAAUUGCGUGUUUAAAGUAAUAAAUAAUAUCUAGUUGAAUUAAUUACAACUAAUCAAUAGAAGAUUAUGGACUGUUGAACAAUGGAUCUCAAUAAAAGUAAGGUGAUUCCCAUGUACAAUAUUUUGUUAAUUAAACAAAUUUAUUGCUAGCAUCUGUCACAGAAGUAAAUAUCUAAUGCUAAAUGUGAUUGUCAUAUAACAUUUGUUGUCAUUUCGUAAAAAUACUAAACAAAAAUGAUCAAGAAAAACGAUCAUGGCAAAAUUACAUUGGGAAUGCUAAAAGGUAAGCCAGUGACAACGUCCGUACCACAGAUAUCGAUAAAGUUCCAUGCAAAUGCCGAACAAAUCGAAGAACUUCAUGCCAGCGAAGACGAGGCCAUAACGAAAAGUGACGAAAAAGGAGAAAAAAUAGCUUCGACUUCUCUUAACAUUGGCGAACCAGACAGUAGCCCUUUAAAAUAUUUCAAUAAAAUUGGAAAAAGAUCAACUAGCGUAGAUGUAACAACUCAACCGUUAAAUGCAUCGCCUCCUUCAGAUCCGUGGAGAUUCUUCUCAGACAUCAAAGGUAAAAUUACGAAAAGCGUCGAAGAAAAAAUAACGGAAAUAAAAUCUCGAAAUCAUGAAGAAGGUUCGCCUUUACACAAACCAAAAUCCGAUACAACGAAAACCGAUCUAAAAACGAUCGGGGACAGCAAAGAAAAUUCAAGUAUUUCAGAUUCAGAAGACCUUUCAGAAAGCAGUAUAUCCAAAACGUGUGGUAUUGUAUCUACCACAGAAGGUGUUGAGAUGUCUAGCGAUGAAGAUACGCCAUCGCUAGAAAAAGACAAAAAAGAUGAAAAAUUUUUAUCCGUCACGCCUAGUUCCUUCAAACACAAAUUCCGUUUCUUCAGGAAGAACAAUAAAGAAGAAGGAACGAUAAAAACUAACGAUUUAUCCAAAAUCUACAACAUCAAUACCGAAAACAAAGAACAGACUCUACCGGAAGAUUCGGAAGGUGUGGAAAGCGCAGUAGAUGCUCUAGAAGAAACGGAUUUGAAAACCCAAACACCAGUCAAAAUAUCAGACGAAGAAAUCGUCAAAACCGUGACGCAGAAAAUUGAUAAUUUUGAAGUGGACAGUGAAAACGUGAUUAAUAUUCGAGAAGUUACAGGAAGUGAGAUUCGGGAAAGGUUCUUCGAUUGUAAAGAUGAAGAAAAAACUGUAUUUGCUCCUACUGGUUUCGUCGAUUUGCGUCCCAAAGCGAAGACUGAUCGUCCGUUAUCAAAUUAUACUUCACUGUUAGUCCUACUACUUUCUUCUUUUCUAUACGGAAUUAUACAGUAUUACUCACCAUAUACAGCUGGUUUGGCCGCUGGAAUAAUCUUAUCUUUUAUAAUAUUUAAAAUUUAUUUAAAAAUCCACCCGAAAUUAAUUGAACAACAUAAACACGAAGAAUCUACGCGAUUAAAUAAAAUUUUCGAAGUACAAGCCGUCAAAGAACAUCAACCUUUAGAAAAAUAUGAAGGAUGGUUAAACGAAUAUCCGGAUGUUUACAACCCCGAAACUUACCAUAUAUUCGGAACCCAAUCGGUAUUUUUGAGGUUGCAGGGUAACAUAUUAAGGAUAAGUCACGCUAAAAAUAAAGUUCCUAAAAGGGCCAUGUGGAACGAGCCAGAAAUAAAAGCGAAUUUUACGCAGCACAGGGUGUAUAAUUUACUAGGGGCUAAGAUUAGUCUUCUUCCAGAAGGGUUAACUAAAAUAAGGCAAUGGAGUAAAAAAUAUCCCAUAUGCAUUUCCCUACCGAAUGAACAGUUAUGUUUCGAUCAGGAACUUCUAUCUAAGAUAGAAGGUGAAGUACAAAAACAAGUGGAAAGCGAUAACGUUGGUUUAACAGACAAAGGCAAGGUGUUUACUUCAUCGGGAAGAGAAAAAAAGGGAUUCAAUAAAACUAGAAAGAAAGAUUACCAAUAUCCCGUGUUGGCCCAAAGAUUCAGUAAACUAACCGAAGGUGAAGAUUUAGACCUCGAUUCUGAUUCAAGAGCAAGUACACCUUCUGCUGAUAUAUCCGAUAUUGCGGAUUCACCUGUAUUAGAAGACGAUGAAUCGGGCCAAAAAGAAGACAAAAACCAAGUGGAGAAAUGUAACGGUGUACAGGAUGAUUGGUCGCCAAUUACCGGUGUAGAAGACUCUAACGAUUCGAACUAUAUAAAACUAUAUCUAUUCGGAAGAACUGAUAGAGAAAAAGAAGAUUGGUAUAGAAGAUUGUCAGCUGCUACCCACAACAAUAAAAAUUUAGAAUCAGAACUCGACGAAUCUGAUCCAAAAGAUGGUACUGAUAAUAUAGAAGAAGAACUCGAGUAUCUACGUUAUAUGAGUACUUUUAAACCUUCAAGAUCUACUGGUCACAACAAACCGACCGAUAAAUGUGAUUCAGAAGAAGAAGAAUCAAAAGAAGACACCCUACUUUGGUUAAACGCCCUUAUAGGUCGAGUACUUUUCGAUUGCGGUCGCAAUAACCAUUUCAUAGAUAGAGUCAAAGAUCGGAUACAAAGGAAACUGUCUACCAUCAAACUGCCCUAUUUUAUCGAAGAACUUUUGAUACCGGAACUCAGUUUGGGGAAAACGUCGCCGAUUAUUAAAAGAACCGGUAAACCUGUUAUGGACGAAAGAGGGAUAUGGAUAGAUUUGGAUAUUAUUUACGAAGGACUUGUCGUUCUUAUAUUGCAGACCAAACUUAAUUUAAUGAGACUGAAAAACCCGCAAGCUUAUGACAAACCUAACGUAGUAAAAUCUGCAAUAUAUCAUUCUGAUGUGGACGAUUCGGCAGAAAGUAGUACCGACGACGAGGGUCUCAACGAAUUACCGAACACGCCCCAGGAUAUUCCGGCUGGUUCUAGUCACGGCAAGAAAAACUUGAUGAAAAUGGUAGACCGAUUAGCAGAAUCGAAAUUUUUUCAAGCUGCCACAGAAAAUCGGUAUAUAAAGAAAGCUAUGGAAGGUGUAUCGAAUACACAUCUCAGAUUAAAAGUGGAAGUAAAAUCUUUAGUAGGGACUUUGGUAUUGAAUAUCCCACCUCCACCGACAGAUCGGAUAUGGAUUGGUUUUCGACCGGUUCCGGAUCUGUCCCUAUCUGCUAGACCGAUAGUAGGUGAAAGAAAUAUUAGUUACAUAAUGGUUACCAGUUGGAUAGAGAAGAAACUAGUCCAGGAAUUCCAGAAAGUAUUGGUAAUUCCUAACAUGGAAGACUUGGUGAUACCUGUGAUGAAUCCAAAGUUGCCGUAUUAAACUAUUUUUAAUUACUUUUGUUGGUGAUAGAAAAAAAUACAGGGCAAAAGUUGUAUUUUUAUUAACUUUUUGUUGGUUACAAAGAUAUAUAAAGACCCAAUAAUAUCAAUAAUUAAAGUAAUUUUACCAAUCACAGUUAUAAAAUUGAAAAAAAUGAUUUUUUUCGUUAAUUCUGUUUGACAAACAGAUCAACACAUACUGAAUUGGUAUCGUGAUAUUCGUACUAAAUACACUGUUUAUUAGAAGUAAACUGACACAAUUAAAUUAUCUGGUCCUUCGAGCUGUAUAAAAACCAGCUCGAAGAACCAGACUAUGUAAUUGUGUUUCUACACUUAUAGUAGGUCUGAUAUAUCUUUGUGUGUUAUUUUUAAAUGUUAUCUUUUUCUUUAAAUUUUAUUUUGUUUGAAUUUAUAUUAUACAGGAUGUUUGUCA